AUGCCAGGGGAUGAGACUCCAGAGGAUCACCUGUAUGCCCAGCAUGGCCAGGAUGGUCAUGAAGCUCAAUCACUGUUGUCAGCCUCGCCCGAGGCGCAGGAUCUAGCAUUACAUCCAGAAUCUUCGCCGUCGCCGAUCCCCUCACGCAAUAUGACAAACGGCAAACCCCAGUCUUCAAUCUCCCAACCUGCGCCUGAUGGACAGCGCCGCGCACCGCGCACCUUGAACCGCGUUCGAUUUGACCUAGAAGAAGCGUAUGAAAUCCCCGAUCGCAAUUCCAUUGAGCGUACUCUUAGUCCAGACGACACGCAUUGGUUAGAGGAUGAGGACUAUGAACUAGGGAACCAAGGCUCAGGAACGCAUCGAAAUGGACAAUCAAUUCCUCUUCUCACAAACAUUGAAGCGCCUAGCGUGACACUUGCGACAUCGGACGAAUUCUUUCCCGAAGAGCACCUCGAAGAUGCGCGGCCACGGAGCGGGAUGAAGAUGGCGUUCAUGAACAUGGCCAACAGCAUCAUCGGAGCUGGAAUAAUUGGACAACCUUACGCGCUUCGUCAAGCAGGCAUGACUAUGGGAAUAUUGCUCUUGGCUGCUUUGACCAUCACGGUGGACUGGACCAUUCGACUGAUUGUGAUCAACUCUAAACUGAGUGGCGCGGAUUCAUUCCAGGCGACUAUGCAGUAUUGCUUCGGAAAAAGCGGACUCAUCGCAAUUUCAGUUGCGCAAUGGGCAUUUGCAUUCGGCGGCAUGGUCGCAUUUUGUAUCAUUGUUGGCGAUACCAUCCCACAUGUUCUAGGCGCUUUGUUUCCGUCUCUUCGGGACAUGUCUUUUCUGUGGCUUCUUACAGAUCGCCGGGCCGUUAUUGUUAUCUUUGUGUUGGGUAUUUCGUAUCCAUUGUCUUUGUAUAGAGACAUCGCCAAGCUGGCGAAAGCAUCGGCUUUGGCAUUGGUCAGCAUGAUCAUAAUUGUGGUCGCGGUCAUCACCCAGGGCUUCCGUGUCUCUUCCGAGUCACGUGGAGAGAUCAAGAGCCAGCUCCUGUUCAAUAGUGGCUUUUUCCAGGCCGUGGGUGUCAUCUCUUUUGCAUUUGUUUGCCACCACAACAGCCUUUUGAUCUAUGGCUCGUUGAAGAAACCCACACUUGACCGGUUUACCCGGGUCACACAUUAUUCAACCGGAGUAUCUCUGGUGAUGUGUCUCGCAAUGGGCAUCGCAGGCUUCCUGUUUUUCGGGUCUAAAACCCAGGGAAAUGUCCUGAACAACUUCCCAUCAGAUAACAUUGUUAUCAAUAUUGCACGAUUUUGCUUUGGUCUGAACAUGUUGACCACUCUACCUCUUGAGGCCUUCGUCUGCCGUUCCGUCAUGACGACCUACUACUUCCCUGACGAACCACAUAACCCUGUUCGGCACAUCAUCUUCACAACGGCAUUAGUGGUGACAUCUAUGGUGUUGUCUUUGAUAACCUGUGAUUUGGGAAGUGUAUUCGAGCUCAUAGGGGCGACCAGUGCCGCUGCCCUAGCCUAUAUUUUCCCUCCCCUCUGCUGGAUCAAGCUUAGCAGUGCUACACGGCGAGAGAAGAUUCCGGCGUACCUAUGCAUCUGCUUUGGAGUGGCUGUGAUGGGUGUUAGUGUAGUGCAGGCGAUAGUCAAGAUCGUUCAAAAUGACGGAACUUCUCAUGCCUGCAGUGCACCUUAG